AUGGCCUCUUCUUCUUCUCUUCUUCCAACUCCAGCGACGACCACCACGACGUCGUCUUCCUCCGUCAUGGCCGCUCUCCGUAGGUCCAGCCAAACCUUCGCCCUCCUCCUCCUCCUCCUUAUCUCCUCCAACCUCACCGCCGCCGUCGCCCUCAACAACGCCGUCCUCAGCGUCAAGUACAAAUACGCCGGCCGCGAGCGCACUCUCAGUAACCUCAAGGCUCACGACACCAAGCGCACUCUCCGCUUCAUCGCCGGCGUCGAUCUCCCCCUCGGCGGCUCCGGCCGCCCUGACGCCGUGGGAUUGUACUAUGCCAAAAUCGGAAUCGGAACGCCGGCGAGGGAUUACUAUGUGCAAGUUGAUACCGGAAGUGAUAUCAUGUGGGUGAAUUGUAUCCAAUGCAAGGAUUGCCCUGCAAGAAGCUCGCUUGGUAUUGAGCUGUCAUUGUAUGAUAUCAAGCAGUCUUCGACUGGUAAAUUCGUUAGUUGUGAUCAGGAGUUCUGCGUGGCGGUGAAUAACGGUCUGUUGGCUGGAUGUACUACCAAUAGAACUGUCAAUGGUACUGCCAAUACCAAUAGUGCCUCCAAUAUGACGUGUCCCUAUUUGCAGAUUUACGGAGACGGCACCUCCACUGCCGGUUAUUUUGUUAAGGAUAUUGUGUUGUAUGACCAAGUUUCUGGUGACCUCAAGACUACCUCUUCCAAUGGGAGCGUCAUAUUUGGGUGUGGUGCUACACAAUCUGGAGAUCAAGGUUCUGGUGAAGAAGCACUUGAUGGAAUACUAGGCUUUGGAAAGUCCAAUUCAUCUGUAAUCUCGCAGCUAGGUUCAUCAGGAAAAGUGAAGAAGAUGUUUGCCCACUGCUUAGAUGGAAAGAAUGGAGGUGGUAUCUUUGCUAUUGGACAUGUUGUGCAGCCAAAAGUUAACAUGACUCCAUUGGUACCCAACCAGCAGCACUACAAUGUCAAUAUGAAGGCAGUUCAAGUCGGGCUCUCUUUUCUAAAUAUUUCCACAGAUGUAUUUGAGGCCGGAGGGACUAUAAUUGACAGUGGUACAACUUUGGCCUAUCUUCCGGACGUGGUAUACGAGUCCUUAGUAAAUAAGAUCUUUGCUCAGCAGCCGGAUUUGAAAAUUCACACUCUUCGCGGCGAGUAUACAUGCUUUGAGUACUCAGGAAGUCUUGACAAUGGAUUUCCUGCAGUCACCUUAUAUUUUGAAAAUUCACUUUCUUUGAAGGUUUAUCCACAUGACUACUUGUUCCCCUCUGAUGGCUUUUGGUGUAUUGGUUGGCAAAAUAGUGGAAUGCAAUCUAGGGAUAGGAAGAAUUUGACCCUUUUGGGAGAUCUGGUACUUUCAAAUAAGCUAGUGCUGUAUGAUCUUGAAAAUCAGGUCAUUGGAUGGACUGAGUAUAACUGCUCGUCAAGUAUCAAAGUGCAGGAUGAACAUAAUGGAACAGUGCAUUUAGUAGGUUCCCACUAUAUCCCUUCAAAAACUUGUCAUUUGAAUCACCAAUGGACUAUACACAUCUUCCUUGCGUUGCUGCUGUACAGUUUAAUGUACUGAAAAUGGGACAACUAAAACAUACUGACAACCAGUUCAACUUAUAGGAAAUCAACAUAGAGAAAUAUCAUGAGAACUUAUGUCGAGAUGGUGCAUAGACUAGCUUCAUAUUUGUGUAUCUCCCAAAAGCUAGGAUACUUGCCUCUUGAAACUUCACUAUAGGAUAUAUUUCUCCCCAUUGUGAAUUGAUAGAAGUAUAUAAGAGCUUACUAGAUUCAAAAGCUUCAGAUUUAAGUGUAUAUGGUUCCAAUUUCAAAAUCUUGAAAUUUGUCUAGGCUUAGGUCUAGACAAGAUUGUACAUAAAAUCCUUAGUAUAUGUCCAAUAGGACUUUUGUG